UCUCUCAUUUCAUUGCCUACCUUGCUUCUGCUUCCUCUUUCUAAUGAAAUAUCUCUCCAACUUACUCUAUUUUGUGUAGUUGCUACCACCUCAAGGCUAAAAGGCAGAACAAGUAUGAAGAACUCCUCCUCACUUGUACCCCACACCUCUUUCCUCCUUGUCACUCUCUUCCUGCUACUAACCCUUGGGAAAGGCCUCCGCUUCACCCACCACCAUUAUACUUCAUCCGGCGUCCAUGGAAAAGGCACCCACAAUGGACAUCAAAGUCAUGUGAACCCUCAGGAAGGAGAAAAGGAAGAAGGAGACAUGAGGGUGUAUCCCACGGGGUCAAGCUUACCAGACUGUUCGCACGCUUGCGGGCCGUGCUUUCCAUGCAAGAGGGUGAUGGUGAGCUUCAAGUGCUCAGUUGCAGAGUCCUGCCCAAUUGUUUACAGGUGCACGUGUAAAGGGAAAUAUUACCACGUACCCUCCAAUUAAUACAAUGCGCUUCUGUAAAAAUGCAUGGAAUUGACGGCCAUCAGCCACAAAUUCAGAGAGAAAAUUUCAAGAUUAAUGCAGCAGAAAGCUUGUAAAUAGUGGAAUUGAGUUUCCUUUUUUUUUUUUUUUGGUUAGUUUAGUUUGUUAGUUAAUGUGGGGGGUAGUUAGGAAUGCAGUGUGUUUGUUUUUGGUUUGAAUGGAUGGAGAGGAAUGAAGGUAGUCGUAGGAAUGGUACCAUUGUUUUUAAUUUAAAAGGUUGCGGCUUUGGUAGUUUUGUUUUGGAUGUAGUACGAUGAAUGAAAUGUUAUUCUGAAAUUCCACUUUAUUAAUUUA